UUGGAUCUUCAACUACAAUGCUUCAAUAUCAUCAAAUCUCUGUGCUCGAACUACAAGAAGGAUGGAGCGAGUGGAAAAACUGAGGAGUACUUACUAAGUCGAAUCCAAUCUAUUGAUGAUCAAUGGAUCGACAUUGAACAGCGCCACAAAAUUGUGGUGGAAACUGUUGAAGAUAAAAACAUCGACUACUUCACAGGGAAUGUUUUUACCAAAACUAAGGAGCUUUAUGAAACUACUUUACAAAGUAUGCAAUACUUACUGCUACAAGUACGCAAAAGCAAGUCUGUGCAUUUUGAUCCGACCGGGAUGCUGGACGGAACCACCGAUGUAAGUGUCAAAACGCUCUUAGAGCAGCAAGAAUGCAACUUUUAA